ACAUUUAUUAAUUUAGUGAAAAAAACACAUCUGACUCGUGAAAAAUUAUAUUUUUUUUACGUAUAGAAAAAUAAAAAAGGACAAAUAUUAAUUAUUAACGAAAAUUGUAAAUACCACAAUAUGCUUAACACAUUCUUAAUAGGGCUAUUGGCCUUAUGCUCUAUACAAUGUUUGACGCAGGCUGAAAUGAUAAUACAAGAUGAAUUAUUGGAUGAAGUAUCAGGUUUGUAUACCAUUGAGGGCAAAGUCUAUCCACCAGAGAUACAAAUGGGAAUGAGUUACAAUCCAAAUGCGGGUGUACCAAACAACAAUAACAAAUGGCAGACUGAAACCGUAUUGACCAUUAAUGGCGGCGAAUACAAGGGUUUCAUUAGAGAAGAUGGCUCCUUUAUUAUUAGCUCAGUGCCUUCGGGUAGUUAUGUUGUAGAAAUUUACAAUGCUGACUAUUUCUAUGAACCCAUUAGGGUAGAAAUUAAUCCUAAGGGUAAAUUCCGUGCCCGUAAGGUCAACUAUGUGCAACCCUCCCAAAUUGUUCAAGUACCUUACCCUCUAAAACUGAAAGCUUUGACAAGAUUUAAAUAUUUCCAAAGCCGCGAGCAAUGGAAGAUCACUGAUUUCCUGUUCAGUCCCAUGGUCUUAAUGAUGGUAUUGCCGUUGGUUUUAAUGUUGGUGCUACCUAAGAUGAUCAACGAUCCCGAAACAAAGAAAGAAUUAGAAAAUAUUCAAUUCCCUAAAAUGAACAAUGAAAUGCCAGAAAUAAGUGAAAUGUUCACAUCGUUGUUUAGCGGAGGCGCACCUAAACAACCUGAAAAGGAAAAGAAAUCCUCUUCGUCUAAUAAGCAAACCAAAAAAAGAAACUAGUCAUUAGUAGCGUAAAAAGCAAUAAAAGAGCGAUGGUUAGUUAAAAUUUAAUAUAUCAAAAAAAAUGUGUAUUUGAAUAACAAUUUACGGGAUUUCUUUUUUUAAUAAAACUUAAAAACCUAUUGGUUUUACUAACCAAAUUAAAA